AUGGCUGCCAGCCCUCUUCCUCCUCACUUGCGGGUGCUGCUUCGCGGGGUCUCCCUCGACGAGUUCUGCCGUUUCUACCGCGCCGACAGGCGGGUCUACUCCCGCCUGGUCGUCAACCUCAACCGGGACCUGAACCUGUCCGUGCACGUCAUGGCGCUCUGGAUGUGGCUGGAGACGGCGGGCCGUGACCGGACCCACAUCGCGAACCUCGUGGGGUGGCCCGACAGUGUGCUCAACACGCUGGCCGACGAGGCCGUCGAGUGCCUCAUCUGCAUGCACAGGGACGAGUUCCGGUCCCCGCCGGGGUCCCGGGAGAUGUGCUUCACGCAGAACCUGACGAACCGAGAAAUCGGGCUCGAGUUCUUCCAUAAGCAUCGUGCCGUGAUUCUCGAGGAAAUGACGAUCCUCAUCGACGAGGUUUGCGUGGUAGCGUUCUACGACAUAAUGCAAAAGGUGGCGCUAAGUAAGGCUAGGGCUAGUUAUGCAACUGCUAAGAGCAGCAAAUUUGCGAAACCAAGUGAGCGACGCUACGGCUACGGUGAUCAAUCUGUAUAUCUGAUAUCACCGGUUCCAUACCGAGGUACGGGGGUCGGAUCACCGAACGUACCAUCGUCGUUCGUCCCGGUCUUUAAAAAAGGAGGGUUCCUAGAUCUGCUUUUCAGUGAGAUUUUCGAACAAGAGGCGCAAAUGUGGGACGACGAUUACUUCCUCGGCACUGGCAAGACGGUCGAUUCCCGGAUCCAACACGACACCGAAGUGGCGCCCGAUGAGCGGACCAUAUUCUUGACGUUCUCGAAGGGGUACCCUAUUCCGGAGAAGGAAGUCCGAGAGUAUUUCACUAGGCGGUUCGGAAACUUCAUAGAGGAGCUGCACCUGCAAGAGGUGCCCCCGGAGGAGCAAGCCUUGUACGCACGGCUCGUGGUCCGUCCUGCUUCGAUCAUAGGCUCGAUACUCAACGGCAAGAGCAAGGCAAAAUUCACCAUCAACGGGAAGCAUGUGUGGGCGCGCAGGUACGUGAGGAAGAACUUCAAGCCGCCGUCGAUGACCACACACGAAGUCCCGUCGCCUCCAACACAACCAUGAGUCAUGCUCAUGGUUACUCAUUGUUGUUGUAGGGUUUGGAUGUACAUCUUGCAAUUAAUCGCCGUCAUAGAUGUGGCAUUUCUUAACCUUGGUUGUUUGGAUGUCAUAGCCAAUAUGGAGGAUCUUAUAUCAAAUUUUUUCUUUUCUUUGCAAACGACUAUGCCCAUUCCUCCUCUAC